AUGUCAUUGUCACAGGAAGUAGAUCCAUUUGAGAGAUUAACUGAUCAAGACAUCCACACUGCAAUCCACAAUGCAACUGGUCCUAGAUCCGCUUUAUUCGUUCCAGAGGUUCCACUUCAAGUUUUGGUUCGAAGACAAAUAGCUCGGUUGUUGGAUCAUUGUCUUCAAUGUGCUAGACUUGUAUAUAAUGAAUUAGUAAAGAUCAAGCAUAGUUGUCUAGUGCAUGAACUACAACGGUUUCCUGUUCUUAAGAUGCACAUUAAUGACAUUGUUGGGAGUUUUUUGUUUGAAGGUCUUCAACCUUCACAAACCAUGAUUGGACACUUAGUAGAAAUGGAGAGUCAACUGGGAGGGAAAUUGUUAAUUUUUCAAAGUAAAACAAAGGGUUGAUUGAACAAGAGAAAAGAAAACACCAACACUCAAUGGCUAAUAAGAAUAAAAAAAAUAAAGAUAUGAGGCAAAAAAGUCUUUGUUUGGCAGCUUGGACAAAGUUUGUAGCACCUGAUCGUCCAUGCCACUCUUGUUACAGGACAUGAUUAUGGGCACAUCAUGGAACAUUUUAGGGCAGUUGUUGGUUUUCCUCUUGGUGAUCCAUCAAUGAAGUGGCCAACUUGCAUCAUGUAAUAACAUUUUAGGGGAAGAUGUAGGUAUAUGUUUUUUUUAAUGAAUAAUGUAAUCAUAUAUAU